AUGAACGAAGGCGCUGCAUGGGACGGAACGGAGUGGAAGACGCAGCUUGUGGCCAAGCGAGCGGAAGCAGAGGGCUACCAUGUAUCACCGUUUGACCCAAAGGCCGUGGGGAAGGGCAAUAAAAUACAUCUGCUUCUGGAAAAAAGAAGAGUGACCACACAGUCUUCUUUGCAGAGUGAUCCUGGGUGGGGCUCGGCGUUGGUUGUUGGUGAGGUUCAGGGGUCCGGGGGCGAGCGGGGAGGGCAGCGAGUCUUGUGGGGGGCUCCCCGGCCGUUGGAUUCCGUGCUUGCCGGACAGAUGCAGCAGCAGUCGUUGGAGGAUCUGCAACCCGCUCGCAUGUCCAGAGGCGUCGCGGUUGGGGCGGCGACGAUUGUUUUCCCUCUUGCGGGAUUCAUCACCGACGAAACAGACACACUUGCAUGCACCGUCAUGUACUCCGAGGACAAUGGGGAGAAUUGGAAGCUUCCUGCGGCGGCUGUGGUUCCUGAGGACUGUGACGCUGCCACGCUUGUCGAGUGGGAGGGGAAACUCUUCAUGGCCACCUCCGGAUCUUCUCAGUGGCGGCGCAGGGUCUUCGAAUCCGACGACGGGGGGAAGACGUGGAACGAGGCCGCCGGGCCCUUCGCACGCCUGUUGGGCGACGCAUACGCAUUGCCUCUGCUCGACUCUCCUGACGCCCUCAU